CCGGAGCGUGCCGGUGUUCUGCGGCGGGGAUUUGGGCCAUGGGGCUCCUCAAGAGGAAGGCCUCCAAGGGGCCGGGCGGCGCGGCGUCCCCCGCGGUCACAGCCAAGCGAACGCGCGUGCAGGAGCUCACGGGCGUGCAAUUCAAGACCCAGCUGAGGGAUGCGCAGGGCCCAGGGCCUGCUUUGGAAGCCUUUGUCUCUGCCGCCAAGCAGCUGCCACAGGAAGACGCGUAUGAUGUUGUCGAGGGCUACAUCAAGAUUUCCAUGGAGUGUGCAGAGAUUUUCCAGCUCCUGAGCGGAGAGAAGCGGCCUGAGAGUGAAAUGCUGUUAAUAUUUCAAGUUUUCGAAGCCAUAUUAUUGAGGACAGCCAGUGAUCUUGCGCAUUUUCACGUGGUGGGUACCAACAUUGUGAAGAAGCUACUAAACAACCACAUGAAGCUCCUCUGUGAAUCCCUGUAUGCCUCUGGUUACAGGAUGGCUCGAGCCUGCCUGAACCUGAUGGCUGCCAUUGUGACCCAGGGUCCUGAAGCCGCUAGGGAUGUGUGCAGCUGUUUUGAUUUGAAUAAAAAAGCUUUGUAUGCCCUAGUGACCAAGAGGGAUCCAAAGGGAGUGCACGACGUCCGGCUGGCCUACAUCCAGUUCGCCCUCUCCUUCUUGAUUGCGGGUGAUGACAACACUGUAGGGCAAGUGCUGGAGCUAAAAGAACUUAUCCCCUGCAUUUUUAGCUCCAGCGUAAAGGAGGAUAAGAUUUCUACCAUCAACAUUUUGUUGUCCACACUGAAGACAAAGGUAAUCUACAAUAAAAACAUCACAAAAACCCAGAAGGUACGUUUCUUUACGGGGCAGCUUCUGAGCCAUAUAGCUUCUCUCUACAACUGGAAUGGGAUCACAGAUGUUGUUCCAGAAAACCCAGAAAACGCUGAGGUGUCUGCCAAAGAGGCCGGGAAAGCCAUGGUGAGGGACCUCGUUCAUAACUUCCUGCUAGAUCUCUGUUGCUCUCGAAAGCAUGGGAUUAGUUUUUAUGAUGCGUCUUUGGGAACUUCCGGCAGAGGAGGCAACCUGACACUCUUGCACUUCUUGUUGAGUUUGAAAACUGCGGCUGAGGAUGAGCUGGUGGCCUCGCUUGUGGUGAACAUUCUGAAGGUGUGCCCAGACCUGCUGACCAAGUACUUCAAGGAAGUCACAUUUUCCUUUCUCCCAAGAGUCAAGUCCACUUGGCUAAACAAUGUGAAGCUACUGAACAAGAUCUACGCGGCCCAGCCAGAGAUUUCCCGGGCCUUUUGGACCAGAGAAUUUAUCCCCUUGCCAAGGCUCCUGGCGAUGGUGAUGGUGACCACAGUGCCUCUGGUGUGCAAUAAGAUCAUGUUCACUCAGGCGUUAAAUUUGGACAGCAUUCCUGUGCGACACUCAGCAUUAUCCCUUAUUUCAGUCAUUUUGAAGAGAGCAUUAAAAACAGUUGACCACUGUCUGGAUAAAGAGGCAUGGCAAAAUUCAGGCGUUUACACAGCUGAGAUGAUGGAAGAAUUUGUUCGGCUCUUCAGAGAAGCCUUGAGCAAGAUUUUGCCAGAUCUGAACACAGUUAUUUGGGUCUGGCAGUCAUUUAAAAAGCAAGAGAUUAAGCAGGACCACGGGAAAGGGAAGAAGAGUAAGACUCCUGCGGUAUCUGAAGCUGUCCAGCACGACGAUGCAGAAACCAUUCUUCUGAAAGCUGUUUUGCUCCAGGUCAUAUGCCUCUACCAACAGGUUGUUCCCUACAUGGUCACACAGUACAACUUUGACUUCAGCAAGCUCCUAAAAGGCAUUGUCUCCGAGCAGGGCCCUCCUGAGGAGGUUCCUCCCAUCCUGCAGCAUCACAUGCUAAAGGUGGCCCUGGAACUUCCUGCUAACAAGUUUCUGUGGCUAAAGGCACAGGAAGGCCCCGAUGCAGAAGUCAUUGGAGGAGAGCGCUCGGUUUUUUACCUUUUGAUGAAGAUGUUUGUGAAUAGCAGCCAUCUUCAGCUCAAGUCGUCCACUAAACUUCUCAUCAUCAAGAUUCUUCGGGACACAGGAGUGUUCGAACACACUUGGAAAGAGCUAGAGCUGUGGCUGGAGCACCUGGAUAGCACUGCAGAAGAGCACAAGGAAACCGUCAUUCAGUUCCUGGAGCGGAUUUUACUGACACUCGUGGUGAGUCCUUACUCAUAUACAGACAAAACUUCUGAGUUUGUCCAAGAAGCCAGCACCCUUCAGGCCACUGUGGGGAAGCAAGAUACAGAUGAUGCCAGCAUUCCCAUCUCCCACAUCGACGAUGUGCUGGACAUGGUGGAUGUGCUGGUGGAAGGCAGCGAGGGCCUGGAUGAGGACAUUGGGUUCUUGUUAAAUGAAGAGAUGAUUCUGCUCACCUUCCCUUUCAGUGCUCUGGUCCCUGCAGCUCUGGAAGCCAGGAACAAGCUGCUUGGGACAGAAAGUGAAGCAGGGGACAGCAUCGUGGCAUACCUCACUGCAGUGCUGACCGACCUUCUUCACACCCAGAGGGACCCCCUAGCUCUGUGUCUUCUGCUCCAGUCUUAUGACAAGUUUGAGCCUGCCAGCCUGCUGUGCCGUCAGCAGCUUGCCCGAUUUCACAGAUACUACAGUCUCUGGAUUCCUGACCAAGCCCAGGAGACCUUGCCACUGCAGGUGUCCAGUAGCUCUGUACCCUAUAGCCCCACCUCAUCUUCUUGCUUCUCCACCUUGCUGCAAACAGCAUAUGAAAGCCGCACACUUGGGGAUAAGAACACUCAGACAAAGGUGCUAGCCGCUGUCCCAUGCCUAGCUCUGCAACAGGUGCUGCGCUCAGCCAAGCAGGUGCUGCUGUACUUGAGGAGCACUGUGGAGAACUUCAGCCAGCUGGGCAGAAGUGUGGGCCCGACCUUCCUGCAGUUCCUCUUGGAUCUCCUUAAGCAGCUGGUUGUCCACUCUGCGCAGCUGGACGCCCAGAACCAGCAGAAGUUAGAGGCUGCCCGUGCCGAGUCUGAUCUCUUUUUGGACAUGGAGUCUGUGACUUUACUUGAGUUGGCCACUGACAAGACAGUAGAGGAGGUGCUGGUGGCCAUCCUUAAACAUCCCACACUGGAGAGUUGGUUUCUAGCCCUGGAGCAGAAAGCCUUGCCCCCGCACACGCUCAGCCCCAUCCUUGUGAAGCUCCUAGCAGCCCACUUCAGUGCAGGGGUCCUUCAGCUACUGGUUGCAAGUUCCCCAGUUCUCCAUAAACUGGGUCAGUUGGGCCUCCUGGGAAAAUACUCAGAAGCCAUCACCCAAAGUGUGUUGAGAGAGCUACGCACCAGGACUGGGAACUCUGCCACAACAUCCAAGACCCUGCCUCAGCUGGAGGCGCUGCGAGAACUGCACCCAUACAUGGGAAGUGUCCAGAUCCGAGAGGUCACCCUGGCCCUACUGGGCCUGCCCGAGGCGCACCUGCUGACCCAGCAAGCCAUACAUUCUCCAGGGAAGGAGAGACAACUAAGCAGUCUUGGAAAGACCCUGGUACAGCUGCUGGCGAGCAGCCACCAGGACCAGCUGCAGAGCUGCGAGCUCCUGUGGCGCGCCGAGUAUGUGCGAGGUCUGGGGGCUCUGCUCCCCACUCUGGCUGAGCAUGAACUGGACACUGUAUUCCUUCAGACUCUUCAGAGAGACCCUGUGCUGGCCCCCAUAGUCCCAACUGAACUGCUUGAAUACUGCCUGGUCCGACGGACAGAGGCAGCCCUGGGCAUUGCCAGCCUGCUCCUUCAGCACAGCCCCACCCAUCUGCUGAAGUUUGAGCUCUGGUGUGGGCAGCCUGGUGUGGGGCUCAGCCUGCAGGAGCACCUGGAUGGCUUCCUCCCCCUUAUCCACGUGUACCUCCAGCACAGGACACAAGGACACCCCUUGCUGCCAACAGGAGUGUCCUCUGCUGUCACUCCUGUCCUGAGGGCCCUGUGGAGACAAGUGCGAGACAGGUUUUUUCAUGAUGAUGGGCCUGCCCAGUGUGAGCUUCAUCUGGAGGCUGUGGCCCAGCUCGUUCCAUUUGCAAGAAGCAAAGACCUGCAUGUGCUCAUGAACCAGUUACCCAGCUUGCUUCAGACUCUGAGCAGUCACAAGAGUUGGAUCGUGGCUGACUCUGUGUCAGCUGCCUUGGCAGAGUCAGCAGAAGAGCUGAGUGCCUGGAGGAAGACCCUCCUUGGGUCCUGUAUGCAGUGGCUGGCUGUGUCCUUCAGUGGCCAGGAGCCAGGAGGUGAGAACACCCAGGAGCAGGAGAAGACAGUGCUGCUCAGAGUAAGCGACUUGUUGCAUACACUGAAGGAGGUGGAGCCUGGUGACUGGCAGCAGUUUGUGAAGACAGGACUCAAGUUUCGGUACCAGGACCUCACCUUUUUGAAGACUCUGCUUGAUGCCACAAAACUGCUGUAUAGUUCAGAAAGCCCUGUGCACACAAAGCUUGUCCAACUUCCCGUGCUCCACAUGAUGCUCACCCAGCAUUCUCUGUUCUUGCCAACCAUGCUGACAUCUGAAGAAGAGAAAACUCCAGACAGUCAAGUAAAAGAAACCCUGGUGGACCUGAUGUCAACAGUGGUGAGGCUGUGUCCUGCUGUUUGUGAGAGUAGCCACUUUGCUGUGCUGCUUGGGACCUACAGUGCCACCCUCAGCAUCUUGGACCAGAAGAUUUUACUUCUCCUUCGAGCGUAUGAACAGAACAACCUCAGUCUCAUCAGCUUCAGGGUUCUGCUGUGGGGCCCAGCAGCUGUGGAACAUCACAAGACAUGUCGGAGCCUGGGCAAGUCGCUGUGGCAGCAGCCAAGUGUCGGGGACAUCCUCCGCCUGCUGGACCCAGACCGAAUGAUGCAAACCAUCCUGCACUUCCCGCAGUACCGGAGGCUACUGCCCACUGAGGACACAGGGGAGCCGCUGGUGUUUAAGGACAAAACUGUGAGGGUUGACCUCGACAGCCUCUAUGACCCCUGCUUUCUUCUACAUCUCUUUGGGGAACUGACCAGGCCAGAGUUUGUGGUGGAUUGUCGAAAGUUUUUGGAUUCAAACGCUCUGGGUCUAACUGUGGCAGCCCUCAGCAGCUAUGACCCCCAGAUGCGAGCUGCAGCCUACUGUGUCCUAGCAGCCUACUACUCACACCUGGAGGGAGCUCGCUUCCGGGAACAAUCCCAGGUUCUGUACCUGUUGGAUGUGGUCCGGAAUGGAAUUAAAACUCCAAACAUGAGGCUCCCUUUUAUCGUGGCUCUUUUCAUCGCGAAAGCAGCUCUGCAGAUCUUGAAACCAGAGGAGCACAUGUACUGGAAGAUCAGCAAGUUCCUGCUGUCACAUGAGAACUUGAACAUGGACAAGCUGCCAGGGUUCUACCAGUUCUUCUACAGCUCUGACUUCCAGCAAAAAACUGAACAAGAAUGGGUGUUGGGAAUUCUGCGGCAGGGGAUUAGAGACAAGCACUGUUAUGAGCUGUGCUCCAGAAGAGGGGUGUUCCACAUCAUUCUUUCCUUCUUCAGCAGCCCCUUGUGUGACGAAGCGGCUCAGAAUUGGAUUCUGGAAAUUUUGCAGAGUGUUGCCCACAUCACCAGAUGUGCCUAUGAAGUCAUACGUGACUAUAGCCUUUUGACAUGGGUUUUACACAUCCUUGAGAGCAGAUUUGUGGAGACUCAGCUACUCUCCCACAUGAUCUCCUUGCUACACACCCUGUGGGUGACCAACCUGGGCAACAAAGCACCAGAGGAUAAAAGCCAGCCGAAUUGCCAGCCUGGCUCCCAUGAGUCUCAGAAGAUGCUGGCCUUGCACUUGGUCAGUGAGUUCCUGUAUGUCCUCAUCGCGCUCAUGAAGCACCUGAGGCCCACCUUGGCCUCCACCCAACUCAUCAACUUCUUUUGGACACUUGAGUCUGUGCUGAGUUAUCGGGCCACCAUCAUAAAGGUCUUCGAGGAUAUGGGCCGAUUCACUGUGAACAAGGUGACACUUUCUACAAAAGAUGUCCUGGUCCUCUUAUAUAAGUGGAGCCUCAUUGGAGGAGACACAAAGCUCCAAGGAGACCUGAAAGCAGUUGUUGAGCAGCACCAAAUCAAGGACCUAAUGAAGAUGCUCAAGGAGAAGAACAGGCCUGUGACAGCUGCCCGUGCCAAAGGCCCACGAGGCCGAAAGAAGAAGCACGGAGAGGUGGAGGAGCCUGCGGAGCCUGAGCUGGAAGCAUCUAGUUUGGAGACAUGCAAGGACCUCCUGAGGGCCACACUGACCCACUGGGGGCCAGUUGUCCCCUUGCCUGGCCCCAUUCAGGAGUCUGUGGGUCAGGCUACCCCCAGGAGCAAAGUGCUGGACCCUGUACAUGCUGCUGUGUCCCUGGUGGCCGGCUGGGUGCUGCGGUCAUUGGCUGACCGCCCCCUCAGCAGGGCAGAAGUCACAAGACUCCUUGACUGGCUCACAAGCCAUGUUUUGCCAUACCCAGUGGUGGUCACUGACUUUCUCAGGGACAGUACUGUGAAGAGUGGCAUCUUUAAGCUGUACAGUCACCACUGCAGUGUGCAGGGGCUGGCGGGGCCUGCACUGGAUGUGGCCUGCAAGUUCAACGCUGUCAUGCUUCAGUUGUUGGUGGCCCAGGGCCGGAUAGAUAGCCCUUUCCACUCGGUGGUGGAGGCUCUGUGCCUUGAUUCUCUGAAAGAAAAGGAUGAAGCCAAACGAGCUCCCACAGCAUUCCUGCUGUCCCUGUAUAUUAAGGACAUCUGGCUGGGGGCCCAGCGGCCAGACACCUUUCUUGCUCACAUCCAAAUGGUCUGUGAAGCUGCGAAGGAUGUGCCACAUGAUGAGGCGGAGGCCAUUGUUUUGCUGUGCAGGAACAUGAGCUCCGCAGCCAAAGCUUGACACUCCUGAGCUGUGCCCCAGCAGGUUCCAGAAAGCUUGGGAGACGUGAACUGAUACAUUCAGCUGUUUUCCAACAAGAAAAGCUAAGAGGACUUUAUUUAACCGACCAACAAGGAAGGCCACGUGUUGACCUUGUAGUCAGAAUUGUAGUGACUGGAGCACUGCCAGGCCACAAGGCCCAUGCAGGAUUCAGAGAGCUUCAAUCCCCUCUCCUGGGAGAGGGGCUAAGCAGUGCUCGUAAGUACAGAAUGGACUCAUGGUGUUUGAGUCUUCUGGUGUGCAUGACGGACGUGUGAAGCUAUACUGAAGUCCCUAAGGUAUGAAGCUCUACUUUGGGAAGACAGUCUAUUUUUUUAAGUUAUAUUUCAAAACAGAUUUUUGAGUUCUAUAAUGUUUUGAUAAUAAAUAGCUAUUUUUGUGA